AUCAUUACUGUUUGUCAAACGAAUAUUUCGUGUGACAUCUAUAAAAACUUCAAAGUCAACAACGCUGCCCCAUGCUUCUUUUUCAAAAGAAUCGAAACGAAAACAGAGCUUGGCUAAAAGUAGAAAAAACAAUUGAAAAACUCUUCCGCAAUUUUUAUUGGGCGUGGGUAGACGUGCAGGGAAGGUGAAGUGUGUGGUGUUUAUAUUAGCAUACUAGAGCAUAACAUAGCGAUAAUAAUAAUAAAAAAAUUAAAUAAAAAAUAAAAAAUAGAAACAGUAUUAGUUUGCUGACAGUUGAGUGCUGCAGCGAAAAUCGACGACGAUCAACAGGCGACCCUGAGCGAGGUGUUAUUAUGCCUUAACAUUUGUUGCUUAAAAAUAUAUUAACAAACUUAACAAAAAAACUUACUCAUUUGAUUUUACGCUCGUGAGUAAAUAAAAAACCAACAAUAAUAACAACAACAUAGAAUAACAAAACAAGUAGAAGCAGAGAAGCAACAGCGCUAGCAGCAGCAACAGCAGUGAAUUUGAACGAAACGUUGCCACAAUUGCCAUGAAAUGCAUUGCUAAGCAUUUAUUUGUUGUUGUUUUAUAUUGUUAAUAUGGCCUUUGUUGUUGUGUUGUGUACUUCCAAAGCUUCAAACUAAAAUAAAAGUAAAAUAACAUUUAACGCGACGCUUUUAUGAUGACGAUGCGGCGACACGAAGCAGCAGCGAGUACCACACCAACAACAACAACGUAAACAAUAACAACACUGACACUGCCACACACAGUUUUAAUAUACGAAAUUAGUACAAAUCGUGAUUUCAACGGUGAAUGAUCAUUUACGUAUGAGCUGCAAACGUUGCGGACGGAGGCAACGCAUUCAACGCAAUCAACGCCAGCAACAAACAACGUUAACAAACGCAACGAUAACAGCAACAACAAUACUAUAUACGUAUAUAUACAACAUAUGUAUGUGAAAACGACAAAUUGCAGUCAUCAGCAAAAAGAUAACAAACAAUUAUUUAAUUUAAUAUAAAAAAAGUUUAUACAUUCCUUCCGCCAUAUACGAGUACUUUUUUGACUAUACACGACGCUUUUAUCAGCAUUCCGCCAGCAUAAACAAAUUGAAGCGGCAACAUUGUUGCAUAUUCAGCCAGCAUGCAGAAGAACAGCGAUAAUAAAAUCCCUGUUAUGUCAGCUAUUACCACAGCAGACACAAGUUCACCUACAACGGACAGGAUUGAAUGGUCCCGAACUACUAUACUCAAUUUCAUAGAAGAUUACCGUCAGAAACGUGUGCUCUGGGAUCCGAAUACUAAAGGUUAUCACAUAAAGCAAACGAAAUAUGAAGCGCUUAAGACACUUGGCCAGAAAUAUGGUACCGAAAUACGUUCCAUACGUAGCAAAAUAAAAAGUUUGCGUUCCUCAUUUCACCGCGAACAUGGCAAGGUGCUCAGUGGCCGACGGAAAGGUGUGCAUUAUCAGCCCAUGUGGUUCGCUUAUGAGGCAAUACGUUUCAUAUUAGAUGGUGAGCCAGUACGUGUUGGUGAUGAAGAAAUUGAUGAGAAAUUCGUAAAGAGUACAGGAAAAAUAGUACGUGUAGAUGAGCAACAGGCGAGCGGAGUGGAUAGUGAAGAAGGUGCAAUUAUUGAAAAUGCCAGUAAAAAAAAUGAAGCAGAAAGCUGCCAAAAACAAAAAAUGACAAAUUCCAAAAUAACAUACACUGCACGGGCUGCAGUGAUACCUGCACUAACACAUGAAUUAGAUUGUGUAAAAACAACAACAACCACAACCACGGCAGCACCUUCAACAGCAACAACAUUCAUACCAAUGACGACUAUACCAGCAAUUGCAGCAACAGCAACAACAACAACAGGAACAUAUUCAUAUGCUGAUGACAAUAACUUUGUUGCGCGUGUUGCUGGUGUUGGUGUUGGUGUUGGUGAAAUAGUUGGCCGUAACAAUUUAACAGCGGUAACAACAACAAUGACAGCAAAUGAGGAAUUCGCUGCGGUAAGUGUGACGCGUUCCUAUAAUGAGAAUGAUGUACAAAGUUAUUGCAACAUUAGAGCUGAAGAUGUCAAAACCGAAAUUAUUGAAGGCGAUAUAACUGAUUUAUCAAUAUGUGAACGUCAGCGUGCUAUAACUCCCAGCUCUUAUAAUUUUUAUCAACAAAAGGAUUCUGCAGCCUUAAAUAAGAAACGUAAAGCUCAUUUGCAUUUGGAUCCAUAUAAUGAAGAAGAUGGUCCAAGUACAUCAAAACAAACCAAAUCUAAUGAACAUUCCAUAGUUGAAGUUAAUCAAUGUGAUUCUCAUAGAGCAACAACGCCUACAGAUGAGUAUGGCGUGUUUGGUGAAUACGUUGCCAUAACAAUACGUAAACUUAAGUCCUCUAAGUCCAAAAUAGUUGUUAAACACUUAAUUAACAAUUUGUUAUAUGAAGCCGAGAUGGGAAAAUAUGAUCAAGGCAUUCCCUCUACAAGGGAACCACCGCAAUUGUACAAAAUGUAAGAAUAUUUGAUAAAAUCAAAAAUAUUAAUAAUUACAUAUAAAAAAAUAUUAACGUAAUAUAAAGAAACAAACAUAGCUUAAUAUUGAUGUUAUAUAAAAUUUUAGUGAUAAUGCUUUGAUCACUAGUCAAAUUUCGUAUUUAUUCAGGGAAAUCAAAUCAAGUGAAUAAGUGAAAUAUAUACCAAUUUUAAUGAACUCAGGUGCCUUUAUAUUAAUUAUUUUUUAAAUACUAUUAAAUAGUAAAAUAAGUUGUUAAC